GGAACACGCGCAUCGACCGCCCACUUUUCCAUUGCUCAACCCCUCAUACACAACAGCAUACACCAUGGCGGAUAGACAGACGGCAUACUCGAUCAGUAUCUUUGGCAGCCAAGCGGGCGAUGAGCGCCAGGAUGGAACCUCCCCAUCGCGUGUCCAACAACAGCUGGUCGACUUUAUUAUGGACUUCCACCUCGACAAUGUCUUCCUCUACCGAGACCAGAUCCGCGAAAACGUGCUUGUAAAGCAAUACUACUGUGACAUCGAUAUUGCGCACUUGAUCUCGUACGAUGAGGAACUUGCACACAAGCUUCAACAAGACCCCGCAGAAGUCAUACCUCUUUUUGAAGCAGCACUCAAAACAUGCACACAACGAAUUGUCUACCCGUCACAGAGAAACAUAAAGGUUCCUGAGCACCAGUUACUGCUCCACUCGUCUGCCUCGGAGCUCUCCAUCCGUGACCUCACAGCGAACAACGUCUCCCACCUCGUACGCAUACCCGGUAUCAUUAUCGGCGCCUCCACCCUAUCUUCGAAAUCCACAGUAUUGGCUAUUCGGUGCCGAAACUGCCAACACGAAGAGAUGCUACCUGUUUCAGGCGGCUUUGCAGGCGUCUCACUCCCGCGGACAUGUGCACGAAAGGCGGGCGAGGGAGAGGACAAGUGCCCUCUGGAUCCAUACUACGUCAUGCACGAGCGAUGUCAGUUCAUUGACCAGCAAGUGCUCAAACUACAGGAAGCGCCUGAUCAGGUGCCUGUGGGAGAGCUACCUCGACACAUCAUGAUCUCUGCAGAUCGUUAUCUUGCCAACAGAGUUGUUCCUGGCACACGAUGCACAGUGAUGGGUAUUUUCUCGAUCUAUCAGCAGAAGAGCUCGAAAAAGUCGUCCAGCGCUGCAGUAGCUAUUCGCAAUCCUUACAUUCGUGCGGUUGGCAUCCACUCAGACGUCGAUCACACCAACAAGGGAAAUGCUGUGUUUACGGAAGAAGAAGAGCAGGAGUUUUUGGAGAUGAGUCGAAGACCCGACAUUUACUCGGUCUUCGCCAAGUGCAUCGCGCCUUCUAUCUACGGGAAUGAGGAUAUCAAGAAAGCUAUCGCAUGUUUGCUGAUGGGCGGGUCUAAAAAGAUCUUACCUGAUGGUAUGAAGCUUCGUGGUGAUAUCAACGUUCUACUCCUUGGAGAUCCAGGAACAGCCAAGUCCCAAUUGCUCAAAUUCGUCGAGAAGGUUUCGCCAAUUGCUAUUUACACAUCUGGAAAGGGCUCAUCUGCAGCUGGUCUGACAGCAUCCGUUCAACGCGAUCACACUACGCGCGAGUUCUACCUCGAGGGCGGUGCUAUGGUGCUAGCUGACGGAGGCGUUGUCUGUAUCGAUGAGUUCGACAAGAUGAGGGACGAAGACCGGGUAGCGAUCCACGAGGCUAUGGAGCAACAAACUAUCUCCAUCGCCAAAGCCGGUAUCACGACAAUCUUGAACUCAAGAACAUCAGUGCUGGCAGCUGCAAACCCUAUCUUUGGACGCUAUGACGAUAUGAAGACACCUGGUGAGAACAUCGAUUUUCAGACCACCAUUCUAUCGCGUUUUGACAUGAUCUUCAUCGUGCGAGACGAGCAUGAUCGUGCUCGAGACGAGAGGAUUGCCAAGCACGUCAUGGGUAUUGCAAUGGGUGGACGAGGUGUAGAGGAGACAGUCCAAGCUGAGAUCCCGAUUGAGAAGAUGAAGCGCUACAUCACUUACUGCAGGCAAAAGUGUGCGCCGCGUCUCUCGCCCGAGGCUGCCGAGAAGCUCAGCUCACACUUUGUCAGCAUCAGGCGGCAGGUCCACGCCUCCGAGAUGAAUGCAAAUCAACGAAGCAGCAUUCCCAUCACAGUUCGUCAGCUGGAAGCCAUUAUUCGAAUCACAGAGUCGCUGGCUAAGCUUUCGUUGGCACCCAUUGCCGACGAGUCGCAUGUCGAUGAAGCCAUACGCCUCUUCCUUGCAUCGACAAUGGACGCAGUGACACAAGGUGAAGGCCAAAGUUCGAAGGAGCUGAUGGACGAGACAAACAGGGUGGAGGAAGAACUGAGGAGGCGUAUGCCCAUUGGGUGGCAAGUCAACCUCUCCUCGCUCAAGCGGGAGUUUGUCGACGGUAAAGGCUAUUCAGAGCAAGCUCUUGCGCGAGCACUGCACGUUAUGGCUGCGAGAGAGACUAUCAGGAUGCGGCACGGUGGAAGUGUUGUCUUUAGGGCAGGUGCUUAGGCACGUUGAGUUUGUUGGGUAUGAUAUCAUGAGGCCAGGUCACUAUAUGAGUACGUCGCUGGCGUUUUGGAGUCAGUGCAGCGUCUUUUGCAUCUAGAUACUCCUAGAAUACAAUG